UCAGUUCAGUUCUAGAAUUUCGCCUUGUUAGAUUCUCUGGGGAUCAUAAUGCAGCCGGUGACAGUUGUGCUUUGUCUUCUGGUGCUGGGCGCCCAUAUGCUGUUGGUUCUGAGCGAUUGUGAGGUGGGCGGCCAGAGCUUGAAGGUGGGUCAGACGUAUAAGCCACCGGGUCGUUGUAUUGAGCACACCUGCCAGGCUAACGGUUCCGUCAAGGGCAAGACCUGCCCCUCUGUGGCCACCCUGAAGCCGUGCAAACUGGUCGAGAAUGUCAAUGAAGCCUUUCCCAAAUGCUGUCCAUAUUACGAUUGCGACAAUAAUCUCAAACUAUAGAUCAACUUUUAACUCGAAAUCCAAAAAAAAAAAAAAAAAUUCUAUGAAGUCAUGAUUUUUGCUGUUAUCGUCGUGCACAGUGCUGCCAGAUGUUUUGUUUGGUCUUAAAAAUAAUCACAGUGUGGCAGCAUGUUUUGAAUACAUUUUGCCCGCGUUUUUAGUAUUUUUUUUUUUGAAUUUGUAACGGGUUUCGAUUUUGCUGUCAGUUGUAUUCAAAAAA